AUGGACACUUUCCCUGAGAUGUCUAGCAGUCUGACUUCUGAUGAAAGAUUCGAUACUUACGCUGCUGCCCGAGAGAAGCUAUCCGAUCGGCUGGAGGCGUAUCAACCGCAGAAUAACAAUGAUGAUACCGUCCAUUUCCUGAGGCGUGUCUUCCGAUCCCUUCCUGUCAAAGGCAUGGCCCAAUUGGCCAAUGAUGCAGAAAGCUGCGAUCACGACAACAAACUACGAAAACUAGUCAAACGCCUGGAUAGAGCUUUGCUUAGACCAAUGAUGGCCACAGGCGGGAGAACGCCCGGAAUGAGCCCCUUACCGUGUCUUGACGUAGAAGGUUCUCUUGAAGACCUACGAGACCGGAACUUCCAAUCGGCGACUGGGCUGCCGCAGGCCCAAGUACGUGAAGCCUGCCUUCGACGUGAUAAUCACCGAUGUGUAGUGACAGGGUUUUGGGACUCUAGGUAUCAUGGCCGACCACGCGGCGCAUAUACUUCUCGACUGAAAGCCGCUCAUAUCAUCCCACUCGGCCUAGGGAAUCUUCGAGCAGAUGGACGACGACGGCACGCACAAUUCUGGACCUGCCUCUAUCGCUAUUUCCCCACGAUUCAUAAUCUCUUUCAUUACGGCGAUGAGGACGUUAAUCGGCUUGACAACAUAAUAAUGCUAGAUUCAGUACUACAUGAAGAGUUCGGUCACUUCAACUUCGUCCUGGAGGAGACAGAUGUUUCCGAUCGCUACCGUGUGAAAGUCUUCUCUCUCGCCCAUUUCUACAUCAUGCCCCAUUUGCCCGAGUUUGUGACCAUAACAAGUCACGACCCCCAGUGCCCCGCUCCUAACAAGUAUCUGCUUGCUGUGCACGCAGCCAUUGGCAAAAUGCUACACGCGACUGGGCGAGGUGAACUGGUGGCGAAGAUUAUGAAGCACCUCGAUGACAGUGGCGGCCACUCUCUCGCAAGGGACGGAAGUUCUGAUGUGGAAGAACUGCUCUCUGUCACUUGCCUUUCUUCUCUUGCAAUUGACUCUAGUGACUGUGAAUCGGCGCAUGAGGAGAAGCAACCUGGCCAUGUUGGAUCCUGGCUCCCCGGCGCGCAAUGUUCAACCUUCCGGCGUUAUUCAUGA